AUGUCGAACAAUGGCGCGCCGGUAAAAACAGGGACGUCAAAAUGUAAGUCAACAAUUGCAAUCCUAACACCUCUUCGGUCAAUUCAAGAAGCCCACAAGACUAACUUCUUCAAAGCCUCUAAAACCAUCUUCCAUUUCACAGCCGGCCUCUGUUCAGGCCUCACAUCCUCCAUCCUCCUUCAACCCGCCGACCUUCUCAAAACCCGCGUCCAACAAUCCCAACAAGCUCUCCUCCCAACAUUAAAAGUCAUCCUUUCAUCCCCAAAUCCAGUCCGUGGACUAUGGCGUGGCACACUCCCCUCGGCACUCCGCACCGGCUUCGGUUCAGCCCUCUACUUCACCAGUCUCAACGCCCUCCGCCAAACAGUUGCCCAAACCAACGCCCCCCUCCUCACAAACGCAACCCCAGCUAAAUCCUCCUCCGCGCUCCCCAAACUCUCCAACACCGCUAAUCUCGCCACGGGUGCCGUCGCCAGAGUCGCAGCAGGCUUCGUCAUGAUGCCCGUUACCGUUCUAAAAGUCCGCUAUGAAUCAGACUACUACGCCUAUCGCAGUCUCAUAGGCGCUGGCCGAGAUAUCGUCAGGACGGAAGGCUUUCGCGGACUCUUUGCUGGUUUUGGAGCGACGGCAGCUCGUGAUGCUCCGUACGCAGGUCUAUACGUGCUUAUCUACGAGCAGCUCAAGCGCAGACUUGGUUCCAUGACAGCCGGUAACAAUGAGACGUCUGGUGUAUCAUCGUCGUAUAUCCAUUUCGCAUCCGGGGCUUUUUCGGCUGGUUUGGCUACUGCUAUUACGAAUCCUUUCGAUGCGGUGAAGACCCGGUUACAGCUCAUGCCGGCAAAGUAUGGGAAUAUGCUCCGCGCUGUCCGGCUGAUGGUGCACGAGGAUGGUAUGCGCAGUCUCUUCGGCGGACUGGGUCUCCGUAUGACGCGGAAAGCGCUCAGUUCGGCACUGGCUUGGACAGUGUACGAGGAACUUAUCCUUCAGGCUGAAAAUAGGUGGGCGACGAAUCACCAGUUGCCGUUGAGUACCUGA